AUGGCUACUUCUUUAGAAACGGUCGAGUCUUUUGUAGAAGGUGCACCCCCUGGCGAGCUCGCAGAUGUCAUAAACGAUAUCAAAGCUCUAACCUUCAACGAACCCGAUAUUGUCUCUAGACUAGGACCCGCCUUCGAGAGGUACAACGAGGAGCAGUUCGUCACCGCUAAGCUGCCUGGUAGCAGCCAACAAGUUAUCAUCAGCUCACAUAGCUCCCUCGCGACGGACGAUACUACGACGUUGAGAGCUCGUCAAGCUUCACCUUCGACCAUGAAGUCGACACUAAAAAGCGUCUCGUCAUACGUUAAGGAGCACUUCCCGAACGGCUCGUAUGGCGUGUACUCGAUCGAGGGAGACUCUAAGGUCGCCAUCAUAAUCGUAGCCAACAAGUAUAGCCCGAACAACUACUGGAACGGCCGCUGGCGCUCCCUCUACAUCUUCGACCCUUCGAGCAGCAGCAUCGAGGGCAGCGUCAAAGUCGACGUUCACUACUACGAAGACGGCAACGUACGUCUACUCACCAAUAAGCCCAUCACCGCAUCCGUAUCAUCAGGCACCGGAGCCGGCAUCGUAAAGGACAUCAGCGCCGCCGAGCGCAAAUAUCAGGAAGAACUAAACAGGGGAUUUACGAGCCUAAGCGAAGGCGCCUUCAAGGGCCUGCGGAGACAGUUGCCCGUCACGCGCCAGAAGAUCGAGUGGGAUAAGGUCGCGAGUUACCGUGUCGGACAGGACAUUGGAGGGGCUGCUAGAAGAUAG